AUGUCAUCCAACGUCAAGUCUCUCUUGGACGAGCUGGACAAGGCUCAAAAGUAUCCCCGGUUGUCCGCAGCCGAGGAGAGCCUUGAUCAUCUCAUCACGCUGGUCUCCAAUGCCCGUAAAGAAAUUGAGGCUUCCUCAGAUCCUCAUACAACCAUUCAACAGUACUUCCCUCUCAAGUCACUCCCUACUGAUGACCCCGCUAUCUCCGAGCACCUACCCCUCGUCAACAGGGCGAUUAUCAUGCACCUGUUAAGAGAAGGACAGUUCGGUGUCGCCGCAACGUUCACCAAGGAGCUGCAGGAGGAGAAGGCGCAGCGCUAUCACUCUGCUAUGGGCGACAAGCUGGCAGCCCUCCCCUCUGACGAACUCCAACAACGCUUUGCCGAGAUGUACAAUAUCCUCGAACAUAUGAAGGCUCGCAACCUAGGACCCGCCAUAGCAUGGGCAAGGGAAAACUCAGAAGAGCUCGAAGCACGCGGCAGCACCCUCGAGUUCGAGCUCGUCAAGCUUCAAUACAUUUGGCUAUUCCUCGGCCCGAGCGUCAACGGUCUCCCGGACGACGCGAACAACGGCACGUUUGGCGCUAUGUGCUACGCAAAGCAGAACUUCGACCGCUUCGUCGACCGCUACGGUGCCGACCUGAGCGCCCUCAUCGGCGCUCUCAUCUACUCCGAGAACCUCGCCGACUCCCCCUACAAGAAGGUCUUUGACAUCGGCAGCAAGUUCGAAGACGUCGCAAAGCUCUUCACCCGCGAGUUCUGCUCGCUCCUCGGUCUCUCCGCCGAAUCACCGCUCCUAGUCACCUGUAACGCCGGCACCCUCGCAGUCCCCUACCUCAUCAAAUACAUGGCCGCCACCCAAUCCAAGCGCACAGAAUGGACGCAAACCCACGAGAUGCCCUUCGAGACUCCCCUGCCCGACAGCAUGCUCUACCACAGCAUCUUCGUGUGUCCCGUUUCGAAGGAGCAGACGACCGACACUAACCCGCCCGUGGUCAUUCCCUGUGGUCACAUGAUAUGCCGGACGACACUGGAGAGGCUCGCACAUAAGAACUCGCGCUUCAAGUGUCCGUACUGCCCACUCGAGGCGCGCGCCGACGACUGCAAGGAGGUGAUCCUUUAG